AUGGCAGGGUGGUACACGUUUGGAAUCGCCUUGUUUGCCGCCAUCGGCACCUUUCUCUUCGGAUUCGAUACGGGGAUUGCGACGACGACAAUCGCCCACAAGAGCUGGAUCGACUACAUGAACCAUCCCUCCAAUGGCCUUACCGGUGCCGUAAGUCAAUAUCUCCGUUCCGGACCUGUCUCUCGACUGAGUGCUUUCCAGGUCGUCGCCGUUUACAUCGCGGGCGAAGCAGCCGGCGCGCUGACCCAGACCGCCAUCGGCGACAGACUGGGCCGCAUUCGAUUCAUGCAGCUGAUGUGCGUCAUCGUCACCAUUGGCACCGUCAUCCAGACGGCUUCUGUCAAUAUUGGCAUGUUUCUUGCUGGCCGUGUUCUGGCCGGAGGAAUGGUCGCUACGGUGCCUAUCUAUCUCAGUGAAAUAUCCGCCCCCCAUAACCGUGGCCUCAUCGGCGGCAUCUCCGGCUGUGGCAUCUCCUUCGGCACCAUGAUGUCCAACUGGGUAGGUUUCGCCUGCGGCUACGCGCCAUACGGGCCAACGCAGUGGCGACUGCCCCUAGGCAUCCAGAUCCCCUGGGGUGUAAUCAUGUUCAUGGGGCUAGCGACCUUCAUGCCCAACUCUCCGCGACAGCUGAUCCGUCGGGGAAAAGUCGAGGAGGCGCGCGCCGAGUUCGUCAAGAUCCGCCGCGAUCUGCACUCGCAUGAGGUUCCGGAGGAGUUUGCGCUCAUGCGCGCGCAGAUCGAGUAUGAGAUGCAGCGCGAGAUUACCUCGUACAGGGAGAUUUUUCGGCUAUUUCGUCAUCGUGCGUUGGCAAGACUCCAGGUCCAUUGCCGUCCAAACGAUGACCAGCCUGACGGGCGUGAACGUAAUCCAGUACUAUCAAAGUUCGUCAAACCAUAUCCAUAUUCUAUCGUUAUCACACUAACUUCUCCAGCAAUCCUGUACCAAUCGCUAGGCAUCGGAUCGCAAACCAUCCUCGCCCUGGCAGCCGUCUACGGCACCGUGGCUUUUCUAUCCAAUUGCAUCACAACCAAGUAUCUGACCGACCAGUGGGGACGACGGAACUUAAUUCUUGCCGGUCUCUCAGGCAUCAUCCUCAUCGAAAUCUACGCAGCCGUCAUGCAGCGCGAGUUUCAAAACACAAACAACCGCGUCGGGAAAGGGUUUGCUAUUCUGGGCAUCUACCUGUUUGUCAUGUGUUACUACGGCAUGCUCAACAGCACAACCUGGCUCUACGGCGCCGAAAUCCUGCCCAUCGCGAUGCGGAACAAAGUCAUGGGACUGGCAGCAGCGUCGCAUUUCAUUGUCAAUGUAGCUGUUACCGAAGCCGGCCCAAGCGCCUUCGCCACCAUCCACGAAAACUACUACUACGUCUUUGUCGGCUGCACUUUAUUCUUUCUCGUCGUGGCGUAUUUCUAUUUUCCUGAAACGAAGCGCAAAACCCUCGAAGAAGUCGCCGCCGCUUUUGGCGAUAGAGUCGUCGAUGUUGCGGAGAGGGAUGUCGAGACUGAGGAGGCGGUUUUGGGUGCGAAGAAGGCUGAGGCGGAGGCGAGUCAUAGGGAGGUUGUGUCGAGUGGUGAUGGAGUUUGA